AUGCCAUACAAGAUCUAUGAGAGGCUUAAUCUAGGUGAUCUCUCCCCUACUUCUAUGUCAUUGCAACUAGCCGAUCGUUCGGUUAUGUAUCCUUUGAGUAGGGUUGAGGAUGUCCCCCUCGUUAUCGGCAAGCUUACCUUUCUUGUUGAUUUCUUAGUCUUGGACAUUGAUGAGGAUGCCCACACCCCUAUUAUUUUAGGGAGGCCAUUCUUGGCCGCCAAGGGCGCCCUUAUUGAUGUUCAAGGCGGGCUUAUCACCUUGAAGGUGGGGGGCACCAUGGCAAGUUUUAAGCUUCCUCAAGGUGAAGGAUAUUUUUCAAACAUGUCAAGUUGCAUGAAAGUCGAUACUAUUGCUUGCAUUGUUGCUAACCCUUCGAACGACUUUUAUGUUUCUAAGUGUGGUAUUGAGCUUGAUGUCACCACCAUUCCCGAGAUAUUUGGGGUGAAAUUAGAUGAUGGUGUUAAGGCCACACCUUCCAAAGUGAUGCAUAAACCGGGCAAGAAGGCCAAGAAGGCCAAGAGAGCCACGGAGAAGUUUAGUGGAGGUUGGCUUGGUUGCGUCACAAUGUGUGGUGGCGUUGAUAAAGUGUUUGUGCCCAAAGGGGCUAAGGAAAGUUUCUUGACAAGUGAUGAUCCAAAACAGAGUGCAUAUGACCCCCCAUGA